GUUAUGUGGGCGGUGCUACUGGCUGAGAGCGCGAGAGUUUAAAUUUGAAAUCCCAUCUGUAGACGUAGAUGUCUGUGGCUGUAAGUAGUUCGCAACGACAGAAAUAAAAACUAAAAUGCAGAAAUCAUUACUUGAUGCUGACAUUGAUGAUAUGGGACCCGAAGAGUCCAAGAGGUUAAUCGACCAGCUGCGGAAUGAAAUCUCUGACAUCAAGGUACAGCUGCAGAUUACCCACGAGGAGCGAGAACGCAUUGACAAGGACAUGGAAUUCUGUUUAAAGGGUGAUGCGUUGGCAGCGAAGCUUGGAGCAGCUCUCAGAAGCUGGGACACAGAGAGGAAGCGGAAGCUUGCACUGUCCCGCCAGCUGGAGGAACAGGAAGUGACGCUUUCCAGCUCCGGUGGGUCCGGGGAGGACGUGGUGAAGGAGCGGAGUCGGAAGAAGGCCUCGUUAGUGAGGGAGGAGAAGAGGCUGAGUCGACUGGUCGGCGAGACCAGGAAGACGCUGGCUGAGACGGAGUCUCGAUGCCUGGCUGCGGGGGAGGAGCUUCAGCGGCAGCAAGCCCGCGUCGCCAUGGCAGCCUCCGGCCAAUCGCAGAAGAGCAAGGAGGAACAGCUGGUGGACGCGUAUGUGGCCAAACUGGACGUCCCUGCCACCGUCCGCCCCGCAGGCCCGGUGGGGCCCAAGAGACGCGGACGCCCCAGAAAAUAACGCUGCGGACAGCUUCCGCUGACGUCACAAGCACUACGCCAAAGAGAAACACUACCGCCCAGAGGACGAGCUUUCUAUGAAGCGGCUACUGGCGCUGCUGCUACAGGUGCUGCUGCUACUCUGGAGUGGGAAGGAUUACCAUGCAGGGGACGGGUCCACAGAAACCUUUACUGCACAUUCUCCUCAGGGGGGGGAACUGCACUAUGGGAUUCAGAGUUUCUUCCAUAAUAUGAAAGGUGACAAGUUUUAACUUUAAUUCUAAUGCCUGUUCAGUUCCUCUCCCUCUGAAUCGGCACAAAGACAUUGGGAUAUAAUUGUGUGUGUCUGUCUGCUUUGACUUUCGUACUGUGUACUUUAAUGUGA